AUGUCAGUUGAGCAAGGGGUUACUGAAGACCUCAAGAGAACAAAGAAGAUUCCUCCAGUUGUUGUUGACCAGCCAGCCAGAGUUCCAUAUCCUCAGAGACUUAGAAAAACUACUCUUGAUAAACAGUUUUCUAAGAUUUUAGAGGUGUUCAAAAAGCCGCACAUCAAUAUUCCUUUUGUUGAGGCUUUGGAGAAAAUGCCUAGUUAUGUAAAGUUCAUGAAAGAGAUUUUGUCUAAGAAAAGAAAGAUGGAAGACUAUGAAAUUGUGGCGUUCACUGAAGAAUGUAGUGCAAUAUUACAAAGGAGGCUGCUCCAAAAGUUCAGAGAUCCGGGGAGAUUUACUAUACCUUGGACAAUUGGAAAAUUUGAAUGUAAGCAUACCUUGUGUGAUUUGGGGGCGAGUAUUAAUCUGAUUUCCUUAUCUGUGUUCAGAAGACUUGGUUUGGGUGAAGCAAGACCGACUAUAGUUACUCUACAAUUGGCAUAUCGAUUGAUGAAGCAUCCACAGGGUAUCAUUGAAGAUGUUCUUGUGAUGGUGGAUAAAUUUAUUUUUCCUGCUGAUUUUAUUGUUCUGGAUAUGGAGGAGGAUGCAAACGUGCCUAUCAUUCUUGGAAGACCAUUCCUAGCCAUGAGAAAAGCUCUCAUUGAUGUUUAG